AUGCUCACGCCACGCCAGGCUCACGCCAAACCAGGAUCAGGUCACGCUCACGCCACGCCAGGAUCACGUCACGCACACGCCACGCCAGGAUCACGUCACGCUCAAGCAACGCUCACGCCACGCCAGGCUCACGCCAGUCUCACGCCAUGCCAGGAUCACGUCACGCCAGGAUCAGGUCACGCUCACGCCACGCUCACGCCACGCCAGGAUCACGUCACGCUCACGCCACGCCCACGCCAGGAUCAGGUCACGCUCACGCCACGCCAGGAUCACGUCACGCUCACGUCACGCUCACGCCACGCCAGGAUCACGUUACGCUCACGCCACGCCAUGCUCACGUCACGCUCACGCCACGCCCACGCCACGCCAGGCUCACGUCACGCUCACGCCACGCCCACGCCAGGAACACGUCACGCUCACGCCACGCUCACGCCACGCCAGGAUCACGUCACGCUAACGCCACGCCAGGCUCACGUCACGCUCACGCCACGCCCACGCCACGCUAGGCUCACGUCACGCUCACGCCACGCCAGGACCACGUCACGCUCACGCCAGGAUCACGAUCACGUCACGCUCACGCCUCGCCAGGGUCACGUCACGCUCACGCCACGCCACGCUCACGCCACGCCCACGCCAGGAUCACGUCACGCUCACGCCACGCCAGUAUCACGUCACGCUCACGCCACGCCAGGGUCACGUCACGCUCACGCCACGCCAGGGUCACGUCACGCUCACGCCACGCCAGGCUCACGUCACGCUCACGCCACGCCAUGCUCACGUCACGCUCACGCCACGCCCACGCCACGUCAGGCUCACGUCACGCUCACGCCACGCCCACGCCAGGAUCACGUCACGCUCACGCCACGCCAGGAUCACGUCACGCUAACGCCACGCCAGGCUCACGUCACGCUCACGCCACGCCCACGCCACGCUAGGCUCACGUCACGCUCACGCCACGCCAGGACCACGUCACGCUCACGCCAGGAUCACGCCACGCCAGGAUCACGUCACGCUCACGUCACGCUCACGCCACGCCACAAUCACGACACGCUAACGCCACGCCAGGCUCACGUCACGCUCACGCCACGCCCACGCCACGCUAGGCUCACGUCACGCUCACGCCACGCCAGGACCACGUCACGCUCACGCCAGGAUCACGUCACGCUCACGCCACGCCACGCUCACGCCACGCCCACGCCAGGAUCACGUCACGCUCACGCCCCGCCAGGGUCACGUCACGCUAACGCAACGCCAUUCUCACGCCACGCUCACGCCAUGCCCACGCCAGGGUCACGUCACGCUCACGCCACGCCAGGAUCACGUCAUGCUAACGCCACGCCAGGCUCACGUCACGCUCACGCCACGCCCACGCCAGGAUCACGUCACGCUCACGCCACGCCAGGAUCACGUCACGCUCACGCCAACUCUCAGCUCUCUCAGCUCGUGACUGUUGAAUUUACAUAG